AUGUUCGAGUUGAUCGAACAUAUACAAUGCUUUUUUUUAUUCGCACCUCGUGGUUCAUGGUCAAAUGAUUCUCUUAAUAUAUGGACAUUUGAUGAUAAAUUUCGAGCUACUGUUAAAGGUUCAAGUAAUUCUAGUAAUGAACGACCUAUACUUACUGGCAUGGCAUGUGGACUUAAUUCAACGUUAUCUAUAGCUGAAGGCACGAAGAAAUUGCCUCCGUGUCCAGUCUUACUUCUUUCUAAUAGUGAUGGUGUUUUACAAGUCUAUUAUUAUAUUCAUAAAGAUUUACCAUCUAUAUUGCGUGCACCUGAAGUAAUCAAGCAAAUUCAAGCACCUACUAUCCUUGGAACACCAGCAUCAUUACCACAAACAUCAAAUAUAACUUCAAUUCAAUCAUCAUUUUUACCAUCACAAUCAUCAUCUGCUAAUGGGUUUUCAUUCGCAAAAUCAGGUCCGACACCUACCCAAACACCAAUUUUUACUUCUUCUCCUCAACCAAAAGAAAAAAGUACCAACAGUGUUCUUAAUUUUAAUCAACCACCUGCACAAAUUCCAAAUGGAUCAUCAUUUGAUGAUCUUUCAAAAACGAUAAGCACGAAUAUUAUGAAUAAACCACCAACUUCGUCUGCACAACAAGCACCAAUAAAAAGUACAAUCAGAAAUGAACAACCAGUUUAUGAUAGUAAAAAUCUUUUUCAAAUGGUCGAUGAAUUCCGUUCGAGAUUGAAAUUAGUAGAAAAACCAUUAUCAAAACAAUCUGAUUCAUCGAUCAAUCUAGACAAAUCUUUAGACGAUUCAAUAACCACACUUAAGAAUAUGGUAACAUCAAUUCAAAAAUCAAUGCAAUCGAUAAAAACAAUGACAAGUGAACAUAUAGAAUCUAUAACAAAAAUUGAAGAUGCUCGUCAUCAAAUGAAAUUAAGUCAAACAGAAAAUCUUUAUAAUUUAUUAAAAGAUCGUCAACUUGACCCAUGGACACAAUUGCGUCUUGAUUCAAUUAAAACGAAAUAUGAUUCACUUAAACAUGAUCUGAACGUUUUACUUCAAUUAACACAUACAACAAUUCAUAAUAAAUCUUUAUCAGUAACUGAUGAUGACAUUGAAAAUGAGGAUUUUUUACCAGAUUUAGAAAUAUCACUGAAUACAAGUGGAACAAUGAAACAACAAAUUCAAAAACGUAUACGUGAACUUAGCCAUAAAGUAACUGAAACAGACAAAGAUUUACAAAAUAUUUGUUCAAAAUUAAAUAGAGAUUUAUCGAUUAGCAAAACAUCUGAUAAAAUGCCGAUAUCAUCGGAUCGACCAUUUCAUUCUUUAGAUGCUCAAAUUUUAUCACAUUUACAAGCUAAUCAUAAAAAUAUUUUAAAAAUUAAUGUACCACCUGCUGUUACAAUCAAUUUAUCAUCAUCAUCAUCAUCAUCAUCAAUCGAAUCAAAAAAACCAUCGAUAAUUGAAAUAUCGAAACCAAUUACACCUUCUACUCAGUCACCAAUACCUAAACAACCUAAUUCACCAUCGGUUGAUUCUGAAAGUUAUAAAAAUAUAUUUCGUAUUGUUCGAGCAUCCAUUGACUUAUUUUCUGGUGCAACAAGUCCUGAACAAUUACAAGAAUUAUCAAAUACCGCUGCAACAAGUCCAUUAUCAGCAACAAACAAAUCUCAUAUGACAUCAAUUCAUAAAACUCCAACUAUUUCUAAAACACCAACAACAAAUCUUACAAAAACAUCAUCUAUUAAUAAACCAUUACAGACUACAAAUAUUUUACAAACACCUGCAAAAUCGAUGACUUCACCAAUACCAACAAUAUCUGUAACACCUGCAACGCCAGCUACACAACCUAUUUCAUCAAAUGCACCAGUGACACUUCAACAAACUAAACCUGGUACACAAACACCUACUGAUUUAAGCAAAUUUCAAACAACAUCGACAUCUGGUGAUAGUACUAUUCGAGCAUUACUUAAUAAUACAGUUUCUCCUCUAACAAAUACAGCAUCAUUACCAAAUCAACCAGUAAAUGCUUCGACGUCAAACCAAGCCGUACCAUCAACACUUUUUGGAAAUUCUUCUAAAUUAGGUCAAUCAGCUUCAUCUGAACUAGCAUCAAUAGCUUCAACUCAAUUAUCGUUUGCUGCUACAUCACCUUCUUCAACAAUUACAACAUCAGUUCAAUCAACUUCGCCAACAACAAAACCUGUCGUACCCUCUAGUCCAGGUGCAUUCGGCUCUAAGCUGCCAUUCGGUGGUACUUCACUUAAUUUAACAUCGACUUCAUCCAGUAUUCCAUUUGGUGGCACUGCUGCAACAACAACUACAACAACAACAGCUGCUUCUAGUCCAUUUGGUAGUGCAUUUGGCUCUGGUUUUUCAAUUACAACAACUUCAGCUUCAAGUCCUGGUCCAUUUGGUACUACAACCUCAACAACUUCAAGCCCAUUCGGUAGUUCAGCACCUUCAGCUUCAAGUCCAUUCAGUGGUGCAUCCACAACUACUACAACUUCAGCCCCUACUACUGGUAUAUUUGGUUCUUCGACAACUUCAACUUCAGCUCCUACUGCGGGUAUAUUUGGUUCCUCAACAACUACAACCUCGAGUAUUUUCGGUGGUGCAUCCACCGCUGCCGUAAGUUCAGCUCCUACUACUAGCAUAUUUGGCGGUGCAACAACAUCAACUGCUAGUCCCUUUGGUACUGCUGGAUCAACUACAGCUACCAGUCCAUUUGGUGGUACUCCAACAACUUCAAGUUCUAGUGCUGGUGGAUUUGGUGCUAGUCCUUCAGUAGCAUCUCCAUUCGGUUCUGGCUUUGGCACAGCAACAUCAACUUCUACUGCUAGUCCAUUUGGUAGCUCAUUCGGUGCUACAUCUUCAGCACCUACAGGUUCAGUAUUUGCUGGAUUUGGUUCUACUUCAACAACACCAACAUCGAGCACAGGGGCACCUGCUAGCGGUAUUUUUGGAUCAAGUACCACUGCAGCACCAUCAACUGGUAGUUCGGGAUUUGGUGCUGGUCCAUCAUUUGGUAGCAGUUUUUCUGGCUUCAAUACACAAUCAAAAUCUACUGGAUCACCGACUGGCUUUCAAUUUGGUGGAUUUGGUGGUUCUCAAUCUUCAGACACAACGGCACCACAACAAACCUUUGGAUCUUUCGGAUCAACAUCGGCUGCAUCACAACCUUCAACUACAUUUGGUGGUUCAGUAUUUGGAGGAGCAUCUACACAACCAACUGGUUUUAGUGCACCAGCCACACCUUUUGGUGCUCCGUCAACACAAUCAGCAACUUCACCUUCAUUUACAAGUUAUCGUAAAUAA